AUGGCUGCUUGCAGCAGCUACUUGGGAAUUCAUUGCUGCUGCUGCUGCUGCUGCUGCUGCUUGCAGAGAAGGGGAAGGUCAGCAGCAAGAAGGGCGCAGCAGCACUGAAGGCGCUGCAGGCUGCUGCAGCAAAUGAUGACGAGGACGACGAGGACGACGAGGACGAUGAGGACGAUGAAGACGACGACGAGGAAGGAAGCGAAGACGAAAGUGGAGAAGAAGACGAAGAAGAAUCUGAAGAAGAAGAGGAAGCUCCGAAGCAGCAGCAGCAGCAAGACAAGAAGAGGAAGCAGCAGCAGCAGCAGAAGCAGCAGCAGCAACCCAACAAGAAGGCAAAGAACCAGGGAGGCGAGGCGAACACGAGCAGCAGCGGGGACGAAGCUUCUUACCGGAACGCGCUGGUGGACUUCUUGAAGAAAAAUGGGCCAACGCCGUUGGCGUCUUUGGGGCAGAAGGUGAAGAAGCCGGCGAGUUUGCCGAAGAUGGCUGCUUUCCUGAAGGCGAAUUCGGACAAGUUCGCGGUGGAGGGGGGGAAGUGCUCGUUGAAAUGA